GGUUCAGUGGUCUCCAUGGAGACCAAUUCCCCUGACAGGUCUGUAACCUGAGCCACCAGUCAGGUAGAGCAGGUAACCGUGACAGUGUGAAGGCUUCGGCAGCAGGUGUGUGUGUGUGUGUGUGUGUGUGUGUGUGUGUGUAGGCAGGGCCGGCAGACAAGGAGAGAGGAAGAGAGACGAAACAAGAGCAAAGAUUAAACAGAGAAAGUGACAAACUUUGAGAAGCACCGACACUAAUCAAUGACUCCUUGAGGUAAAAACCAAAAGGGUAGAAGGCUGGAGGAAAAAAAGGAGGCUCAGGUCAUGGAGGCAGAAGUAGACGAGGAGGAUGAUGGGACGUUCACUAACAUCUCUCUAGGAGACGACACAGUGGACAGUGGACGUGUAGCCCUGUAUACAAAACAGGAGACCGAGCUUUUCAUCAUGAACUGUGACAUAGAUGGAGACAUGGAGAACCAGGUGGAGAUGGAGGAGAAGACGAGGUUAAUAAAUCAAGUUUUGGAACUUCAGCACACACUUGAAGAUCUGUCAGCACGAGUCGACGCAGUCAAGGAAGAGAACCUGAAGUUAAAGUCAGAGAACCAGGUCCUUGGUCAGUACAUUGAGAACCUCAUGUCUGCCUCCAGCGUCUUCCAGACCACUGACACCAAGAGCAAACGGAAGUGAGGUACCCUCAAGUCUUCUGCUAACAGCUGGGAGAGGAAACCCCACCAUGGAGACAUGGAGCGAGUUUAGUUUUGUCGACAGACCUGGGUGUUUUCUUUUUUUUUCUUUAACAGAGAGAGCCCCCUUACCUGAGCAGAAAAUAACUAUUUAAUAAUCCAAAACAUAAACUGAUCCUUUAACCCAUCCUGCAGGCUCAGAAAAAGAUACAUUUCAUGUUAGUCUGGCCUGGGUCUGUUCUGUAGCAGCUUCCUCUCCACACUACAAACCAGGUAGACAUUAACCUUUAUUUACUUACACAAAACAACAAGUAUAUGAAGUGGUUAAGGGUCAUUUUUUACCUUUAGUUUCUUCUUUAAGCUCCUUGGCAAACUCUAAUAUAUCCUGUUACCCCAUUUAACCUGCCUGGUUUUCUGUUUGAGGACUA